AUGCAGUUCUUUCAAAUUUUAAUCCCAUCGUUAUUCGUACCGAGUAUUUUGACUUUGGAUAAAACUUGGUGGAAGCACGCCAGUAUUUACGAAAUAUAUUUGAAAUCGUUCAAAGACAGCAAUGGUGAUGGAAUGGGAGACCUCAAAGGAGUGAUUUCCAAGCUCGAUUAUCUAACGGUUAUUGGAAUUGAUACCAUUUACAUGCCACCUUUUUAUCCAUCUUCUAUGGCUGAUGGCGGAUAUGAUAUAACCGAUUUCAAAGGGAUUGAUCCCAUUUAUGGGACGAUGGAAGACUUCGAACAGUUGAUGAAGGAUAUGAAAUCACGAGGUUUAUAUUUUUUAAUGGACUUGGUGAUCAAUCACAGUAGUGACGAACACGAAUGGUUUCAAAAAUCAAUCGAGAGGAUUGAUCCAUACACAGACUACUAUGUCUGGGCUGAUCCAAAAGGCUACGACUGGAAUAAAAACCCCAUUCCACCAAAUAAUUGGUUCAGUAUAUUCAAUUUGAGUCCCUCGGUGGCGUAG